ACCCUUCGGUGUAGAGUAGGAGGGUUGAAUUGGUGGAUGGGGUUGAGCCCUAUCGCUCUAUACAUGAUGACUGUUUAGCAAGAUUCUGUAAACUUGCUUUGUUGAUUGAUUUUGGACAUUGUGUACAAGAGGUAGGGUAAGUUCUAACAUUGAGCCAACUCUCAAGUCACAAUACUCAGAAGGGUAGUAAUAGUGUAGUGAGAUUCUCUCUUUUCGAGUUUGGUUUUUGAUUGUGUUGUGAGUAGGACUGCAAAUGAGCCAAGUUGUUAUGAGCGCUCGAUGUUUAAAUCUUGAGAAAUUCGUUCGAAACUCUUGUUCGGCUUGCUAGGCUCAUGAACCAGCUUGAAUCAAUAGCUUGUUGAGCUCGACUCGGGAGCUAGCUCGUUUCAUGCUUUGAGCUUGCCGGGCAAUAUGACAAUCGAGCCGUCUCAACUUGUAACUUAUAAGUGAAUCAAUUAAUAGCUUAACAUUCUCUUGUUGAUAAAUCAUAGGUUUGUUAGCUUAUAUAUCUCAUCAUAUAGGAUAUUUAAUAAAUUGAGUAUGUGAUCAAAUAUGUCUAAAUUAUGUAUCAUAAAUUGUUCAUAUACUAAUUACUAUUAAACAACAUGAUAUGAACAAUACAACUGAAUUAAAUGAUAUGAAACCUAAGCUCAAGCUAAUAUCAAGUGCUAAUUGAUGAGCCGAGCUCGAGUAAAAUUCGCGAGCUGAUUAAUGAGUUGAGCUCGAGUCAAAUACAAGCCAAUGUUUUUGUAAACAAGCAAUGCUCAAGCUCGACUCGUUAAACUAGUCGAGCUCAAGUUAGGUCAAAAUUUGACUCGACUUGGCUCCUUUGCAAUUCAAGUUGUGAGCAGUUUGUUUCUCUUGAAAAGGGAACCACUUGUGAAAUGGUAGGUCGUAGGCCCCUCAUCCGCCUACAAUGGAAGGCCCAAUUACUAUUUGGGAAAUAGAUCACAUCGCUUAAAAAGUCGUGAACCAAACCGGACUGUACACUUUGGUCCGAAGGAUAAACUGCCGAGAGUGGUCUAAUAUGGUCAAUGAUAUGAAUUAUAGGAUGUGUAUGUCUUUUGGUAUGGUCCAGACCUCAGUUUACCAGACUAAUCCGCGGACCAAACUCACUUCCCAAUUUGUUUUAGAAGACUACUCAAUAACCAUCCUCACUCCUCAACGAAACCCUCUCCAUUGUUAGGCAAAACCACACUGGGAGCCCUCAAAUCGAAAGAUUUGGACAAUGGAUUAGGCUCCCAGUGGAAUAAACAUUCACUCUAAAGACAUACUUCAAUCCAAUCUACAAUACACCAAGCAAUUUCCAAUAAGCAAAAACGGGUAGAAUUCUACACUUGAAAUUGGUAGGCCGGCGAAACUAAGUCAAGGGAAUAUCACAUCAAGCACAUAAAAUCCAUCGGCCUACCAAGCGGACCCAAAUUCAAACAUACAUCUCAAGUUCUUCAUCUAGAAUCCUAGGUAUCAAUUCUCUAGAAUUAACCAAGAUAAAAUGAGAAGCACACCUGGAGAUGCAAGAAGAUACCACGAGGGAAGGGAGAGGAAGCAAAAGGACACCAGAAAACUUCGCAUGAAAAAAACCCGGAGACCUCGCGGGAGCUUCGUCGUAGCCUCAUCACCGACAACCCGACCUCCUCCAAAUGGAACAAAACUUCAGGGGAAUGUGCUCCCUGACGCUAGGAGCUUGGUGGUGGUCUCCGUUUUUGAUUUGGAGGUCGGGGGAGAAAGUUUUGGCCGAAACACCACCGAGGGAGAGGAGGAGGCCGAUUUUCCGGCGAGAGGAGAGAGGAAGGAUUUUGAAAAUGGAGGAUGAGAGAGAGAACAUGCCGGAUUUUUAAAUUUACAAGGGGGACCAAAACACGGGUGGGCCAGGAAAAUGGUCGUGUUCCGUGUGUGGCGCGCUCGUGUUUUGAGGGCCGAGAGCGUGUUCUCUAAAAUAGCAACGGUCGCGCGGGGUUGAAAACACGGCCGUGUUUCUCCCCCAACGUGCCCGUGCUUUUUAGUGAGAGGGCUGGCUGGUUGAGGCAGCAGAACACUGGCGGACAGGGGGCAGGACACAACCGUGUUCCUUGCGCACUAGUUGGUGCUGCUUAAUGGACUUAAUCAUCGUUGAAGAAUAGUCUCAGGCUGAAUCCGUGAUAUGUAGCCUUCAACAUCCAGAGAAAAUGGCCUUUCGUCGCCCAAAAAAUUACUAAAAUGAUAUCCAAAUUUAAAUUGGCCCAAAUCGGUGCUUAAUGGGCUUAUCAUCCGUGGAGAAUAGGAUCAAUAGAUAUCAUUAUCGGUUCAAAAUAGCCUCGGCCUGAUUUCUUGAUCUUUAGCCUCAAGAAUCGAAAGAAAAUGACAUUUCGGAAAAUUUGCCAGAAAUCUGUGAUGGUACCCCUUUGGAAUCUGCCAAAAACUGACACAGAAUAAAUCCGCCCAAAUCGGUGCUUAAUGGACUUAAUCAUCGUUGAAACAAUAGCCUCAGGCCGAAUCCGUGAUCUGUAGCCUUCAAUAUCCAAAGAAAAUGGCCUUUCGCCGCCCAAAAAAUUACGAAAAUGCCAUCCGAAUUUAAAUUGGCCCAAAUUGGUUCUUAAUGGGCUAAUCAUCCGUGGAGAAUAGGAUCAAUAGACUUCAUUAUCGCUGGAGAAUAGCCUCGGCCUGAUUUCAUGAUCUUUAGCCUCCAGAAUCGAAAGAAAAUGACAUUUCAGAACAAUCGCCCGAAAUCUAUGAUAGCACCCCUUAGGAAACUGCAAAAAAUUGACUCGGAAUAAAUUCGUCCAAAUCGGUGCUUAAUGGACUAAAUCUUUGUUGAAGAAUAGCCUCAUAAAAAAUCCGUGAUUUGUAGUCUUCAAUAUCAUAAGAGAAUGGCCUUUAGUCGCCCAAAAAAUUACGAAAAUGCCAUUCGAAAAUUAAUUGGCCAAUAUCGACGCUUAAUGGGCUUAUCAUCCGUGGAGAAUAGGAUCAAUAGACUUCAUUAUCGGUGGUAAAUAGCCUCGGGCUGAUUUCGUGAUCUUUAGCCUCUAGAAUAGAAAGAAAACGACAUUUCUGAUAAAUUGCCUGAAAUAUGUGAUGAUACCUCUUUGGAAUCUGCCAAAAAUUGACCUAGAAUUAAUUAUCCCAAAUCAGUGCUUAAUGGACUUAAUCAUUGUUGAAGAAUAGCCUCAGGUCGAAUCCAUGAUCUGUAGCCUUCAAUAUACAAAGAAAAUGGUCAUUCGUGGCCCUAAAAAUUACGAAAAUGUCAUCCGAAAUUAAAUUGGCCAAAAUCGGUGUUUAAUGGGCUUAUCAUCCGUGGAGAAUAGGAAAAAUAGACUUCAUUAUCGGUGGAUGAUAACCUCGACUUGAUUCCGUGAUCUUUAGCCUCAAGAAUCGAAAGAAAAUAGCAUUUCUGAAAAAUCGCCUGAAAUUUGAAUGGUACCCCUUUGGAAUCCGCCAAAUAUUGACGAGGAAUAAAUCCGCUCAAAUCGUUGCUUAAUGGACUAAAUCAUCGUUAAAGAAUACCAUCAGGCCGAAUCCGUGAUCUGUAGCCUUCAAUAUCAAAAGAAAAUGGUCUCUCGCCGCCAACAAAAAUUACAAAAAUGCCCUCCGAAAAUAAAUUGGCCCAAAUCGGUGCUUAAUGGCCUUAUCAUACGUGGAGAAUAUGAUCAAUAAACUUCCUUAUCGGUGGAGAAUAGCCUCGACCAAAUUUCGUGAUCUUUAGCCUCCAGAAUCGAAAGAAAAUGACAUUUUGGAAAAAUUGCCUAAAAUCUGUGAUGGUACCCCUUUGGAAUCUGUCUAAAAUUGACCUGGAAUAAAUCCACCAAAAUUGGUGCUUAAUGGAAUUAAUCAUCGUUGAAGAAUAGCCUCAGACUGAAACCAUGAUAUGUAGCCUUCAAUAUCCAAAGAAAAUGGCCUUUCGUCGCCCAAAAAAUUACGAAAAUGCAAUCCAAAUUUAAAUUGGCCCAAAUUGGUGCUUAAAGGGCUUAUCAUCCGUGGAGAAUAGGAUCAAUAGACUUCAUUAUCUGUGGAGAAUAGCCUCGGCCUGAUUUCGUGAUCUUUAGCCUCAAGAAUUGAAAGAAAAUGACAUUUCGGAAAAAUUGCCUAAAAUCUGUGAUGGUACCCCUUUGGAAUCAGUCAAAAAUUGACCCGGAAUAAAUCCGCCCAAAUUGAUGUUUAAUGGAAUUAAUCAUCGUUGAAGAAUAGUCUUAGGCAGAAUCCGUGAUGUGUAGCCUUCAAUAUUCAAAGAAAAUGGCCUUUCGUCGCCCAAAAAAUUAUAAAAAUGCCAUCCGAAUUUUAAUUGGCCCAAAUCGGUGCUUAAUGGGCUUAUCAUCCGUGGGAAAUAGGAUCAAUAGACUUCAUUAUCGGUGGGAAUAGCCUCGAUAUGAUUUCGUGAUCUUUAGCUUCCAGAAUCGAAAGAAAAUGGCAUUUCGUAAAAUUUGCUUGAAAUCUGUGAUGGUACCCCUUUGGAAUUUGCCAAAAAUUAACCCGGAAUAGAUCCGCCCUAAUCGGUUCUUAAUGGACUUAAUCAUUGUUGAAGAAUAGCCUCAAGCAGAAUCUAUGAUAUGUAGCCUUAAAUAAACAAUGAAAAUGGCCUAUCGUCCGCCAAGAAAUUACGAAAAUGCCAUGCGAAAUUAAAUUGGACUAAAUCGGUGCUUAAUGGGCAUAUCAUCAGUGGAGAAUAGGAUCAAUAGAAUUCAUUAUGGAUGGAGAAUAGCGUCGGCCGGAUUCCGCGAUCUUUAGCCUCAAGAAUCGAAAGAAAAUGGCAUUUCGAAAAAAUCGCCUGAAAUAUGUGAUGGCUAUGGAAUCUGCCAAAAUUUGACACGGAAUUAAUCCGCCCAAAUAGGUGCUUAAUGGAAUAAAUCAUUGUUGAAUAAUAGCGUAAGGCCGAAACCGUGAUCUGCAGCCUUCAAUAUCCAAAGAAAAUGGUCUUUCGUCGCCCAAAAAAUUACGAAAAUGUCAUAUGAAAUUAAAUUGGCCCAAAUCGGUGCUUAAUGGGAUUAUCAUCUGUGGAGAAUAGGAUCAAUAGACUUCAUUAUCGGUGGAGAAUUGCCUCGACCAGAUUUCGUGAUCUUUAGCCUCCAGAAUCGAAAGAAAAUGACAUUUUAGAAAAAUUGCCUAAAAUCUGUGAUGGUACCCCUUUGGAAUCUGUCCAAAAUUGACCCAGAAUAAAUCCACCAAAAUGGGUGCUUAAUGGAAUUAAUCAUCGUUGAAGAAUAGCCUCAGAACGAAUCCAUGUUAUGUAGCCUUCAAUAUCCAAAGAAAAUGGCCUUUCGUCGCCCAAAAAAUUACGAAAAUGCCAUCCGAAUUUAAAUUGGCCCAAAUCGGUGCUUAAUGGGCUUAUCAUCCGUGGAGAAUAGGAUCAAUAGACUUCAUUAUCUGUGGAGAAUAGCCUCGGCCUGAUUUCGUGAUCUUUCGCCUCAAGAAUUGAAAGAAAAUGACAUUUUGGAAAAAUUGCCUAAAAUCUGUGAUGGUACCCCUUUGGAAUCAGUCAAAAAUUGACCCGGAAUAAAUCUGCCCAAAUCGAUGUUUAAUGGAAUUAAUCAUCGUUGAAGAAUAGUCUUAGGCAGAAUCCGUGAUGUGUAGCCUUCAAUAUCCAAAGAAAAUGGCCUUUCGUCGCCCAAAAAAUUACGAAAAUGCCAUCCGAAUUUUAAUUGGCCCAAAUCGGUGCGUAAUGGGCUUAUCAUCCGUGGGAAAUAGGAUCAAUAGACUUCAUUAUCGGUGGGAAUAGCCUCGAUAUGAUUUCGUGAUCUUUAUGUUCCAGAAUCGAAAGAAAAUGGCAUUUCGAAAAAUUUGCUUGAAAUCUGUGAAGGUACCCCUUUGGAAUUUGCCAAAAAUUAACCCGGAAUAGAUCCGACCUAAUCGGUGCUUAAUGGACUUAAUCAUCGUUGAAGAAUAGCCUCAAGCAGAAUCUAUGAUAUGUAGCCUUAAAUAAACAAUGAAAAUGGCCUAUCGUCCGCCAAGAAAUUUCGAAAAUGCCAUGCGAAAUUAAAUUGGACUAAAUCGGUGCUUAAUGGGCAUAUCAUCGGUGGAGAAUAGGAUCAAUAGAAUUCAUUAUGGAUGGAGAAUAGCCUCGGCCGGAUUCCGCGAUCUUUAGCCUCAAGAAUCGAAAGAAAAUGGCAUUUCGAAAAAAUCGCCUGAAAUCGGUGAUGGCUAUGGAAUCUGCCAAAAAUUGACAUGGAAUAAAUCCGCCCAAAUCGGUGCUUAAUGGACUAAAUCAUUGUUGAAGAAUAGCGUAAGGCUGAAACCGUGAUCUGCAGCCUUCAAUAUCCAAAGAAAAUGGUCUUUCGUCGCCAAAAAAUUUACGAAAAUGCUAUAUGAAAUUAAAUUGGCCCAAAUCGCUGCUUAAUGGGCUUAUCAUCUGUGGAGAAUAUGAUCACUAGACUUCAUUAUCGGUGGAGAAUAGCCUCGGCAUGAUUCCAUGAUCUUUAACCUCAAGAAUCGAAAGAAAAUGACAUUUCGGAAAAAUUGCCUGAAAUCUGUGAUGGUACCCCUUUGGAAUCUGCCAAAAAUUGACCCGGAAUUAAUCCGCCCAAAUUGGUGCUUAAUGGACUUAAUCAUCAUUGAAGAAUAGCCUCAGGUCGAAUCCGUGAUCUGUAGCCCUCAAUAUCCAAAGAAAAUGGUCUUUCGUCGCCCAAAAAUCACAAAAAUGUCAUCCGAAAUUAAAUUGGCUCAAAUCUAUGCUUAAUGGACUUAUCAUCCGUAGAGAAUAGGAACAAUAGACUUCAUUAUCGGUGGAGAAUAGCCUCGGCCUGAUUCCGUUAUCUUUAGCCUCAAGAAUCGAAAGAAAAUGGCAUUUCGAAAAAAUCGCCUGAAAUCUGUGAUGGCUAUGGAAUCUGCCAAAAAUUGACACGGAAUAAAUCCGCCCAAAUCGGUGCUUAAUGGACUAAAUCAUUGUUGAAGAAUAGCGUAAGGCCGAAACCGUGAUCUGCUGCCUUCAAUAUCCAAAGAAAAUGGUCUUUCGUCGCCAAAAAAAUUACGAAAAUGCCAUAUGAAAUUAAAUUGGCCCAAAUCGGUGCUUAAUGUGCUUAUAUCUGUGGAGAAUAUGAUCAAUAGACUUCAUUAUCGGUGGAGAAUAGCCUCGGCAUGAUUUCGUGAUCUUUAACCUCAAGAAUCGAAAGAAAAUGACAUUUCGGAAAAUUGCCUGAAAUCUGUGAUGGUAUCCCUUUGGAAUCUGCCAAAAUUGACCCGGAAUAAAUCCGCCCAAAUCGGUGCUUAAUGGACUUAUUCAUCGUUAAAGAAUAGCCUCAAGCCGAAUCCAUGAUAUGUAGCCUUCAAUAUCCAAAGAAAAUGGUCUUUCGUCGCCCAAAAAAUUUCGAAAAUGCAAUCCAAAAAUAAAUUGGCUCAAAUUGGUGCUUAAUAGGCUAAUCAUCCGAGGAUAAUAGGAACAAUAGACUUCAUUAUCGGUGGAGAAUAACAUCGGCCUGAUUUCGUGCUCUUUAUUCUCAAGAAUCGAAAGUGAAUGUCAUUUCGGAAAAAUUGCCAGAAAUCUGUGAUGGUACCCCUUUGGAAUCUGCCAAAAAUUGACCCAGAAUAAAUGUGCCAAAAUUGGUGCUUAAUGUGCUUAUUUUCAGUGGAGAAUAGGAUCAAUAGUCUUUAUUAUCGGUGGAGAAUAACCUCGGCCUGAUUUCGUGAUCUUUAUCGUCAAGAAUCGAAAGAAAAUGGCAUUUUGGAAAAUCGCUCGAAAUCUGUGAUGGUACCCCUAUGGAAUCUGCCAAAAAUUCACCCAGCAUAAAUGCGCCCAAAUCAGUGCUUAAUGGACUUAAUCAUCGUUGAAGAAUAGCCUCAGAGCGAAUCCGUGAUAUGUAGCCUUCAAUAUCCAAAGAAAAUGGUCUUUCGUAGCCCAAAAAAUUUCAAAAAUGCAAUCCAAAAAUAAAUUGGCUCAAAUUGGUGCUUAAUGGGCUAAUCAUCCGAGGAUAAUAGGAACAAUAGACUUCAUUAUCGGUGGAGAAUAACGUCGGCCUGAUUUCGUGCUCUUUAUUCUCAAGAAUCGAAAGAGAAUGUCAUUUCGGAAAAAUUGCCAGAAAUCUGUGAUGGUACCCCUUUGGAAUUUGCCAAAAAAUGACCCAGAAUAAAUGUGCCAAAAUUGGUGCUUAAUGUGCUUAUUUUCAGUGGAGAAUAGGAUCAAUAGUCUUUAUUAUCAGUGGAGAAUAACCUCGGCCUGAUUUCGUGAUCUUUAUCCUCAAGAAUCGAAAGAAAAUAGCAUUUUGGAAAAUCGCUCGAAAUCUGUGAUAAUACCCCUAUGGAAUCUGCCAAAAAUUCACCCAGCAUAAAUGCGCCCAAAUCAGUGCUUAAUGGACUUAAUCAUCGUUGAAGAACAGCCUCAGGGCGAAUCCGUGAUAUGCAGCCUUCAAUAUCCAAAGAAAAUGGUCUUUCGUCGCCCAAAAAAUUUCGAAAAUGGCAUCCGAAAUUAAUUGGCACAAAUCGGUGCUUAAUGGGUUUAUCAUCCGUGGAGAGUGGGAUCAAUAGACUUCAAUAUCGGUGGAGAAUAGCCUCGACCUGAUUGCGUGAUCUUUAGCCUCCAGAAUCGAAAGAAAAUGAUAUUCGGAAAAAUUGAGUGAAAUCUGUGAUGGUAGCCCUUUGGAAUCUGCCAAAAAUUGACACGGAAUAAAUCCGUCCAAAUUGGUGCUUAAUGUACUUAGUCAUCAUGGUAGCAUAGCCUCAGCUCGAAUACGUGAUCUGUCGCCUUAAAUAUCCAAAUAAAAUGAUCUUUCGUCCCCCAAGAAAUUACGAAAAUGCCAUCCGAAAUUAAAUUGGUCCAAAUUGGUGCUUAAUGGGCAUAUCAUCCAUGGAGAAUAGGAUAAAUAGACUUCAUCAUGGGUGGAGAAUAGCCUCGGCUUGAUUCCGUGAUCUUUAGCCUCAAGAAUCGAAAGAAAAUAUCAUUUCGGAAAAAUCGCCCGAAAUCUGUUAUGGUACCCCUUUGGAAUCUGCCAAAAAUUGACCAGAAAAAAAUUCGCCACAAUCGGUGCUUAAUGGACUAAAUUAUCGUUGAAGAAUAGCAGCAGGACGAAACCAUGAUAUGUUGCCUUCAAUAUCAAAUGAAAAUGAUCUUUUGUC